GGGUUUAAAAAAAUUGCUACAAAACCUUCAGUUACAAGUUCCAACCAUAAAAUCAUAUGAUAUCUUGUGACAUGGAUAGUUUGAUUGAUGAAUGACGCGAACUUCACCCAACUGUUUGUGCACAAAUUUGGUGAUCAUGUGAAAUCAGGUGUCAAAUGCAUGUACAAUUAUUUACUCGUGACCUCUCUUUGUAAACAUUAUAUUUCAGUUGUUGCUCUCCUAUUAUUGCCAUCCAACGUAAUACAGGCCUGAAAGGAGAGAUUGAGUGACAGGAAGAAGCACAAGCUGCACAACAUAUUCUUAGGGGUAUGUCGUAGUAGAAAUGGUAGAUGUUUGUAUACAAUGUAAGGCGUGGAGAAAACAGCAAUACUGGGAUGGAUCUUCUGGUAACAAACACCAUUUCUUCAAGAUUAUGCUAGGAGAGUUCAGGAGCUUUCUGAGAAUUCCGAGAAAAUUCAUCGCUGAAUCCAGAGUGAAACUGUCGGAAAAGGUGACUCUUCGAGGUCCGAGUGGAAACAUCUGGACAACGUAUCUCGCACGAAGAGGAGAAGACUAUGUUCUGGAAAAUGGGUGGCAAGAUUUUGUGAAGGACCACAGCCUAAAUGAAGGGGAUUUUUUGGUGUUCAGGCAUGUUGAAGAUUCGAUGUUCAAUGUGCUAAUAUUUGAUACCACUGGGUGUGAGAGAGAAGGCUCUUACUUUAUUGAAGGGAGUGGGCAGUUGUGUGCUGACAGUUGUUGUGCCAUGCGCAACAACACCAAUCCACAAACACACACAACUUUCAAGUCUGCUGAUGAGGGGAAGGAAAAAUUGGACGAGGAAGGACUCGUGGAAGAGGAAGAGGAGGAGGAGGAGGAGGAGAGCGGUGGUGAGCAAAACGAGCCAGAUAAUCAAGGAACAAGAUACUUGAAGUACUACGAAUCAAGCAGAAGAGAGAUCACAAAAAAGGAUAUGGAGCGAGCUUUCCAUUUGGCUUCGAAGCAUUUAACAAAACAGCCUUCCUGCAAGAUCAGGAUGAAGACGACCCAUGUUCACCACUUGUUUAUUCUGGCAUGUUUCUAUAUUUACAAUCUCAAACUUAUAAUGCAAGAUAUGCGUGUUAACUGUACAAUCCCGAGGGAAUUUGCAGACAACUGCCUACCCAGGAAAUCACAGGUCAUCAGGUUGAGGGUUGGUUCCAAGACUUGGAGAGUUAGACUCAAUCGCAGGAAUGCACAGUGCACACUGACCGGGGGGUGGGCACAGUUUGUGUUUGAAAAUAACUUGGAAACAGAGGAUAUGUGUGUUCUAGAGCUUGUGGAUGCCGGGACAAGCCAGAGACCGACUAUUUUGGAUGUUCAUAUAUUUCGAGCAGUGGAAGAAAUAGUGCCAUUAAAAGUAGUAAAAUCCUUUCAAUCCCCGAUGAACAGCCAAAUGUCAUAGUCCAGUUUUAUCUACCAAGAAUGUUUUCAAAUAAUACUGGCAAUUUCAAGUGUAUGCAAACCAGAUUGUCCAAGAAAUAUAAACAAAUUUCUGGUAUACAUAAUCCUCAUAAGCAUUGCACAAACAACAAACCACAGAGAUAUUACCUACAGCAUUACAAGGCUACUUUAUAUCUCAGCAGUGCUGCUCCGAGUUGUUACUUCUUGCUCUAUAUUCUUUACAACUUCAAGGAUCCGACGUCUUGCUGUAGGCAGCCUUGAUAAAUUCAAGCAGAGUCCUAGCAACCUGACACAAUUUUUAAAUAAAAGAACACAAGAAAAUGUCAGAAAAAUAUUAGUCAGAAAGAAGAUACAAGAAAGAUCUCCCCCUUUAAGCCUACCUUCUACUUAUACCCUCCAUUUGUCCCCUCCUAAUCUCAUCAGAGGGAGGAAUUCCACCAUUCUGCCACGUCUCAACUUUCUCAACAUCACCAGAAUAUAAACAAUGUUUGUAGAAAUAUAGUUCUUCUGUUUCUGUCAAAUUCAUAUGCCUAACUUGCUCCUUCAUGAUACACAUAGGCUCAUA